GGAAUCUUGAUUUUCUAUUCUAACGAAUCCAGGUCUAACAUUAAACAUCCAGGUGAGGGGAUUUGGGGAAUAUGAACAGCCAACAUAUAUAUAAAGUCUUGAUAAGGCGUGGGAGACCUUGAAAUUCUGUUUUCCACAAAACGGAAUCAAUAGAGUUUCCAUUGCCCACCACCCAAGGCAGGCAGUCCCUUACAAGGGUUUUAUCUCUUCACAAAAAAAAUUUCAACAUUCAGAGCAAUUCUGGACAAAGUCCACAAAAUACACUAGCGUAAUCAAGGGUUCAUAUCUCUCUCUCUCUCUCUCUCUGUCACUCUACACACUUUUCCUUCUCUUUCGUCUCCAAUUCUCACUCUACACACUUUUCCUUCUCUUUCAUCAUUUCCUCAACUCUCACCAUCAUUCUUAGUCACACACACACCCAGAACCGACAGUCCUUCCCAGGUAUGCGAUUUCUCAUUGUUCUUUAAUUUUUAUUUUUCUUGGUCACUCUGUGUUUGAUUUGAUUUGAUUUGAUUGAGGGAUUAACAAGUAAGAAAAAAUAUGUUGAACCUCUCCUACCACUUUGAAGAAUGAUGUUUUCACUAAUUUUCUCCUCAUUUUAUUUUAAUAAAUAUUAAUGCAAAAAAAUAUAUGAAGGAAAUUUUAACAAGUUAAAUACCAGAUGAGUUCAAUUAGUUUGAUUGAUUUUACCACCCUAGUCAUGGGCAAUUCUUAAGUAGUACAACUAAGACCACCCAUUUUUGAAUAAUUCUACAUAUACUAAUAAGCUUACAAAAAAUACAAGAAGCCAAAUGUGAUUAGUUGUCAAAAAAACAAUGACAUUUAAUUAUCCAAUGAUAUUUGAACAUGUAUGUUUUUAGUAAGAUUGUUAGUAAGAGUUUAACUAGAUGUAGCAUUUCUCCCCAUUUUUUCACGGUAAGGAAAGUCUUACCGACUCUCACUUUCUCUUAGCUAGUGUGCUUCGCGAAUGUGGACUAUACAAGUAGUAUAAUUACUUGAACUGUCUAUCAAUGCAUAUAAAUAUAUCUUCAGAUAAUCUUAUGUUUACCAAGUAUUGAUGCUAUCUUUUGGCAGUGCUUAAUUUGAAGCAAAGAUGACUGGUCAAAGUAUAUAUACUACCACCUUUAAUCUUACUGUUUUUCUUUUUCUCUCAUUGCUUUCACAAUUUGUUUCUCUUGAAACCAGUAGAUUCAAUUCCAAUGAUGGUAAUUUAACCACGCGUUGCAUUGAAUUCGAGAGGAAAGCCCUUCUUAAAUUCAAAGAAGGACUCACAGAUCCUUCUGGUCGGCUUUCUUCUUGGGUUGGCAAAGAUUGCUGUCGAUGGAAGGGUGUGAGCUGCAACAAACACACUGGCAACAUUUUCAAGAUUGACCUCAGAAACCAAGGAGGAGAAUAUUGCAGUUUGUUCGAAGGACUUGCAGACAAUAACUCCUCAUCUUGUUUAGGAGGUGAGAUAAGUCCUUCUUUGCUCAACUUAAGGUAUUUAAGUUACUUGGAUCUAAGCAUGAAUAAUUUCCAUGGAAUCACAAUCCCAAAUUUCAUCGGUUCACUUGAGAAAUUGAGUUAUCUCAGACUUUCUCAAUCAAAUUUCGGUGGAAUGGUUCCGUCUCAUCUUGGAAAUCUGUCAAACUUGCAAUAUCUUGACCUCUCUCUCUCUACAUUUGUUUUUUACUACAAUAUUUGGGCAUCAGAUUUAAACUGGCUUGUUGGCCUAUCUUCUUUGAAGUAUCUUAAUCUUGGUGGUGUGAACCUGAGUGAAGCAACAGAUUGGUUGCAUUCAGUUAAUACCAUGCCCUCUUUGUCUGAGUUACACUUGUUUGAUUGUCAACUCCCCAACUUUCCAAAAUCUAUACCGAAUAUAAAUUUUACUUCCCUCUUGGUCCUCGAUCUCUCUUCUAACGAGUCUAACUCUUCGUUACCUCUAUGGCCUUUCAAUAUUAGUACUCUUGUGGAAUUCAAUGUCAGUUUAAACAAUUUUACGGGUUCCAUUGUCAAUGCUGCUUUGGGAAGCUAUCAUAACUUGCAAUCACUAGAUUUAUCUUCUAACUCUGUUAGUAGUGACAUAAGUGAACUUAUAGAGGGAUUGUCUGGGUGUUGUAACAGUAGCUUGAAGGAGUUGAUAUUGGGGUCCAACAAAUUUAAUGGAAAGUUGCCCGAUUCGUUGGGACACUUGAAUUAUUUGAGAUCGCUUGUACUGAAUGAUAAUCUGAUCUCAGGUCCAAUUCCAGAAUCUGUUGGAAGGUUGUUUUUUCUAAAGGAAUUGGACCUUUCUUUUAAUGAGAUGAAUGGCUCUAUCCCUGCAAGUUUAGGAAGACUCACAGAGUUGACUAAAUUGCAACUCUUCCAUAAUUCUUGGAAAGGCCUCUUGUCCCAAAACCAUUUACAGGGUCUUGCAAAACUACGAGUUUUCUCCGUAUCUUCGGACACAACUUGCAUUUUUGAUGUGACACAUGAAUGGGUUCCUCCAUUUAGCCUGUUAGCUAUCCGAAUCAGUAACUAUCUGUUGGGUCCAAAAUUUCCAACAUGGCUGAGAAAUCAGAAAGAACUUUCAUCCAUAGUCCUCACAAAUGUCUCCAUUUCAGAUACAAUACCUGACUGGUUUUGGAAAUUGUCGAUGCAGAUUGACAUGCUCGAUUUAUCUCACAACCAAAUUGUCGGUGUUGUUCCCAACUCAUUGGGAAUUUCCUUUGUGGACUUGAGUUUCAAUCGCCUGGAAGGCACAAUCCCACUCUGGCCUAACGUAAAGUUUCUUUUUCUGAACAGCAAUUUAUUUUCAGGAGCAAUUCCUUUGAAUAUUGGCAUUGUCAUGUCAUCGUUGAUCAUUCUUAAUCUUUCCGGGAACUCUCUAAAUGGUACCAUUCCUUUGUCCGUAUGUAAAUUGAAAGUUUUGUAUGGUCUCUAUCUUUCGGACAAUCAUCUAUCUGGACAAAUUCCCAUCCAUUUGGACAUGCGUGCUCUUGGGGGAAUAGAUCUGUCCCAAAACAAUCUCUCUGGCCAUGUUCCUGAAUCAAUGUGCUCGCUACCGUUUCUUGAUUGGUUGAGGUUGAGUGGUAACAAUCUUUCUGGCGAACUCUCUUGGUUGAAGAAUUGCAAGAGUUUGUACACUCUUGAUCUUGGAGAUAACAAAUUUUCCGGGAACAUACCAGGAUGGUUGGGAGAAAAUCUUUCAUUGCUUUCCAAGCUCCGAAUGCGAUCCAACUUGUUCACUGGAGAUAUACCUCAACAGCUAUGUCUUUUGUCUGAUCUCCACAUCUUAGACCUUGCUCAUAACUAUUUUACAGGAUCUAUACCUCGCUGUUUGGGAAAUUUGAGCGGCUUUAAUCGUUUCACCUCUGCCAAUAUUCCAUUUGCAUAUCGAUUUUUUUAUACUUAUCAAAUGGAUUUAGUAGUGAAAGGAAGACAAUUUGGGUAUACCCUCACGCUUGAGCUCGUUAAUGUUAUAGACCUUUCAAGCAAUAAUCUAGUUGGGGAAAUCCCAGAAGAGUUAACAAAUCUUUCAGACUUGGGUACCUUGAAUUUAUCAAGAAACCAAUUGACAGGAAAGAUACCAGAGAAAAUUGGAGAACUCCGAUGGUUAGAAACACUAGACCUUUCAAGCAACCACCUCUCUGGUGAAAUUCCUUCAACCAUGUCUUCUUUAACAUCACUGAGCCAUUUGAACUUGUCAUACAACAACUUUUCUGGAUCAAUUCCUUCAACCAACCAGUUCCAGACUUUCAAUGAUCCAUCCAUUUAUGAAGGUAACCCAAAACUUUGUGGGCUCCCAUUGUCAACCAAGUGUUCCAUUGCAACUGAUGUUGAUACAAAAGACAAAGAUGGCAAGAAAAAGGAGGACGAUAACAAAGACAAGUAUGAUGAGUUGUGGUUCUAUCUUAGCACAGGAAUUGGAUUCAUUGUAGGAUUUUGGGUCGUUUGUGGCACUUUGGUACUAAAAAGGUCUUGGAGACAUGCUUAUUUUCGAUACCUAGAUGAAGUGAAAGAUCGUCUCUUUGUGGUCAUUGCAGUAAAUGUGGCUCGUUUUCAAAGGACGACAUAGAGAUGGUUGUUUUGGUGUCUUCUUAUGUGAACUUGAAACAAACAAAGGUUACAGGCAUAGAAGGAAGGAAGGAAGGAAGGAUGAUUUCAUAAAACCGUUAAAAAUUAUGAUGUGUCUUUUAGAUCUUGGUUUUGCUGAGUUGUUUUGUUAUGUUAAUGUUUUUCCAGAUUGUACCUUGCUUUUCUAAUUUGUCGAACAUAUAAAUAACAUUAGAGGAUUUCCAUGAAAAUGUGAUGUUAUGAUCACCUUAUUCCU